CGCGCCGCUGGCGGGCGGGCUCCGCAGUCCCAGCCGCCCUCUCCUCGCUCGCUCACUCUCCUCCUUCCCUCCCCGGCGCUCGCUCGCUCUCUCUCUUCUCCCUCUCCACCCUGCUUCUUUCCCUUUCCAUCUCCUUUCUUGCCUCUGCCUCUCGGAUCCUGGUCUCGUCGUUCCCUCCCCCCUUUCUUUCCUCUCUUUCUCUCUCUUCGGUCCCUUUUUGUCCAUUCCUCGGCCUCCCUCCCUCUCUUUCGGUCUCUGUUUUUAUCCCCGUCUCCCUCUCGGUUGCUCUCUCACCCCCUCCCCCGGUACCCACCCACCUCCUGCCUUCCCUCCCCCUUCGCCUCCCUCCCUCUCCGCCCCUCGCCUCCCCGCCGCUCUCGGCUCCCCAGUCAGCCUCUCCGAACCCGCGCUGCAGCCGCCCGCACCCGCCGCAGGACCGGCCCGCCGGCUCCCCGGAGUGUGCCCUCCUGCCCCGCGCCCUCCCGGCUCGCUGGGACAGCCCUCCCCUCCCCCCACUAGCGGCCCCGCCCGGCCCCCCGCCCCGCGCCCGAGCGCGCCGAGGAUGUGAGUCCUGCCGGCCUCUUCCAGAGCAGCAGCCCCUCGCGCGCGGAUCCAGAGCGCAGCGCAGCGCAGCGGUGGGCGCUCGCCGGGUCGCUCGGGCCGGCUGCGCCCUCCUGCCCUAGCGGUGUCCCCGCUCUGCUCGCCGGCGCCCCAGCCGCCGCCGCAGCCCGCGGGCCGUCGCCGGCCGGCAGCUCCCGGCCCCAGCGCCGCUGACCCUGUCCGCCGCGGGCGGGGACGCGGGCGGAGGAGGCGCCGCUGCGGAGCCCCCGGACGCGACCAUGUCGGAGGUGCUGCCCUACGGCGACGAGAAGCUGAGCCCCUACGGCGACGGCGGCGACGUGGGCCAGAUCUUCUCCUGCCGCCUGCAGGACACCAACAACUUCUUCGGCGCCGGGCAGAACAAGCGGCCGCCCAAGCUGGGCCAGAUCGGCCGGAGCAAGCGGGUUGUUAUUGAAGAUGAUAGGAUUGAUGACGUGCUGAAAAAUAUGACAGACAAGGCACCUCCUGGUGUCUAACUCCCCCAAAGACAAUGAGUUAAGGGAGAGGAUAAGAAUAAGAUCGGCGGUAACAGUUAUUGGCAAAGAAAGAGCAUGAAAAAGGGAAAGCACUUUGAAAUUUAUUACUAGCUUGCUACCUGCAAUGAAAUCAACAACCUGUAUCUCGUGUCGGGCCAGGAGACAGACGAGGCUGAGAAGGAGGAGGGGGGGGGGGGCUCUGGGCUCCUCUGCAAGAAUAAAAAUUAAAAAAAUAACAGAAUCACUAUAUACACACAUAUAAAGAAAUAAAAAAAGAAGUCUCAGUUGCAGCUAUUUGUCAAAAUUACUAUCCAUUUCUUUUUAUAUACAGUGAAUAUCACGCAAUUACAGGUCUGGGUUUUGAACCACUGAAAUAAUGAAGCGGCAACACCGGGUGUUUUGAGGUGUUGGCAUUCUUUGCUGAUUUGGCUGUUCCCAAUGUUUACAUUAUUUAAUCCUGCGAAAAUUAUUCUGUGCACUUGGAUGUGAAAUGCUGUUAAGUUUUAUUUUUUUAUGUUGCUAUCCUUGGAUAUAUCAACACACACACACACACACACAACAAUCGGUACAGAUAUUCUGUUUUAUUUUGGUCAUCUUUCCAAGUUAUCAGGAACAUGUUUAAAACAAGAAGAGAACUUUUCUAAGGAAUGAUACAGAGAAAGAAUCCCUGUUUUAUUUUAAAAUGAAUGGUAAAGCUUGUGUUUCUUUGUGGCUGCAAGCUGUUUGCCCAAGUUAAUGCAAAUGGACACAUUUUAUAUGUCAGGAAAGAAAAACCGUAAAAAAAAAAAAGAAAAAAAAUGCUUGAGCUUUUUCUAACCUCUCUCUGCGGUCCGUCGUGUGAGCAGCCUGUUUUCCCUCUGAUAUUGUGUCAGUUUAUUCUCUUUAAUGGACUGUAAAAAAAAAUGUAAUCACGAGAGUGCCAAAUAUCUUGAAAUGCCAAAAGGCAUUUUGGUUUCUUUUUCCCUGUGCUCUGAGUCCACGUAAAGGAAUGCUUGGAGUGUCUUUUCUGUUAUUUAUAGGGGUUCUCUUAAGGCACACCAGCGGCCUGUUUUGCAUGGUAUUUGCAAAAAUGCCUCUUGCGUGAGGAAAUCUUUUACCAUUUUUUUUUUGUUUGUUUGCAACUUUGGACCUCAAGAGGUUUCUUCCCAUCCCUUUUCCUCUUUUCUUAAUUCGAUAUUCUGUAUGUUGCACCUUCAACCAGCACACAGGGCUAUUUCUCCUAUGUACAAUACAAUAAAAGAAGUGUUCCUGUGUCUCA